AUGAUAUCUUUCCUUUACUACUUGAAUGACCCGUAUACUUGCGGAGUUCGCAACCAAGAUGGAACCUACAUGAAGGUAAAAAUACUACAAAGAGAUAAACCCAAAUAUCGAACAAGAAAGGGAGAAUUGGCAACAAAUGUUUUAGGCGUGUGCUCUUGGGACAUGCAGUUUAUUUAUAUUUUGCCCAGAUGGGAAGGGUCUGCUACUGAUGGAAGAAUACUUAGGGAUGCUAUUACUAGAAGAAAUCUAUUAAAAAUACCUCAUGGGUAUUACUACCUUGUGGAUGCUGGUUAUACAAAUGAAAAUGGAUUUUUAGCUCCUUAUAGAGGACAACGCUAUCACCUUAAUGAAUGGAGAGAUGGUUAUCUUCCAACCAAUCAAGAAGAGUUGUUUAACAUGAAACACUCACCAGCUAGAAAUGUCAUUGAACGAUGUUUUGGAUUACUUAAGAUGCGAUGGAAAAUUCUAUGGAAUACUUAUUGUUAUGAUAUAAGUAAAAAUACUGAUAUUAUAACAGCUUGUGCUUUACUCCAUAAUCUUAUUAGAAGAGAGAUGACAAUUGAUCCAUUUGAGGCUACAUUGGAUGUUGAAAUGGAGCAAAAUUUUAGAGAAGCAUAUGAUGAAGGAAAGCAUAUUGAAGUAAUAGAAACCAUAGACCAAUGGACAGCUUGGAGGGAUAACUUGGCCACUGAGAUGUUUAAUAGUUAG